UACUGCUUGCAAUUUGCUUUGAUAACACUGCAGAGCAGCAAUAGUUACUGUACUAAAACUUGUUUGAACGGAUAAAAUCUGCAGCGAUACAGUGAUACAUAUUGUAGACAUCUGCCACGUGGUGGCUGUAUAUAGCCGGGUCUUGCAAAAACUCGGUGUCCCGAUCAUUUAAAAUUGUACUUGUACCAGUAACUUAUAACUUUGGGUAUUUGUUUAUAAAUAACUUUAAAAUUCCUCGAAUAUGAUGUGGAAGACUACACUAUUUGCUAUUUUUACCGACCAGUUGCUGCGCAGACAAGCCCGGAAAACGACCCGAAAAGCGCGACACAAGCAGAAUGCAACAAAAUGCCGCUAGCACGAAAGAUUAGCUCUUCGAAAAAGAAAAUCCUUCGUAUAUAUGGAAGCGAGUUUUAUUUCCUCUACGUUGAGCGUUGCCACUGCAGCUUCGUCGGCGUACGGAAGAUGCGAAUAUCUAAGCUUGAAUCAGAAAAUGGACCGAGCAAAAUCCAUCUAAUUAGCUUUGCACACCGGGCGAGCCAAGAGGAUCUCAGAAUUAAUACCUGGACCACAUAUUCUAAAAGAAGUCUUUGUGGACCAUUUUACUGGAAUCUUACAGGAGUUCGUUUACUGGAACGCUCAAAUUCCAAGGCAUUAUCCUGUUCCAAUAGGCAAAUAGCUUUUUGGAAAUUACCUGAUGUCCGUUCAGUUAUUAAUGAUUCGUGCGAUAUUUAUAGUGCAGAAUCACUGCAGAUCUUGAUUUUCUAUGAUACCUGUCGUACAACAAGAAAGUACAUGUACCGAGAACAUUUAUAGUUACUAGGAACUUACUACAUACAGGCUACAGCAGUCAGUCUGUUACUUUUUGCCGAUGGAUUUUUAAAUUUUUUUACUGUGCAGUUUUACAUGAUAUGUGUACGUAUAAAUGCAGCCAAAUGAGGCUUCAUAAUAAGCUUGAGGGAAUUAAAAAUUGUAUUUAUGGCUGAACUGAACUGAAAAGGUACCUAUACUUUCUUAACUUCUUAAUUUUCUUUCCAUAAUUAACCCUAAUAUAUACACAGUACAGCACAAGUGCUGCAUUCACACGAGAUAAAAUGAAGUGGAUCUUCGAAAAUAGAUAGUUUAAAUAAGAUUAGCCCUUACUGAUUAGAUAAAUGCAACGCGUCUGCAGCUUUGCAUCCAGAUACUUGUACAUCAUCAAAAUUUUUCCAGGACAGAGUUGUACACAAAUGUUCAAACUGCUUGAUCCUAAAUUUCCUUUAUAUCGAAUUCUCAUUUCAGGCGACCAUGUUAAUUUGUUGUAGCACUGGUUGUUUUAAUUCCUAAUAUUAAUUUGUCAUUUUUUCCUCAGAUUUUCCUGUUAGCUUUUAACAGUUAGAAUGAAAUAUGGCGGAUACCUACGCAUAUAAGCCUCGAUCAAAAUCGUACUCGGAAACUGGUCAUGCAGUUCGAAACCAGUUAAACCGUAAGGAAGAACGACAAUCUCUUUUGCGGCCUCGCCUUGAAGAAGAUGUUCUCUGGGAUCCGGCUAUUCGAGAAAAGCUAUCAAGUCGCUCUUCCGGUCAUUAUGGCGCAGUACCCGCACACAAAAGCCCGUUUGCUAAGAGAUCAAAAACUCUUCUCAGUGCGGGAGAUGGUAUGCGCGCUAAUUUAGCAUUUGAGAACGUUUGUGUUUACACCAUUCCUAAACAGCGCAAUCGCUGGCUUGGCAGCAACCAGUAUUCCGAAGCUGUGGGAGAUGGUCCGACACAACUGCUAAGAAAUGUCAGUGGGAUAGUCCGAGCGGGAGAAGUAAUGGCAGUGAUAGGAUCGAGUGGAGCGGGAAAAUCGACUCUGAUGAAUGUCCUGACAAACCGAAACCUGAGCGACAACCUUUUGAUAAAUGGCUCCGUAAAAGUAAAUGGUGUCGAACUGAGGUCCGGAAUAUCCAAAAUAUCCGGCUACGUACAGCAGGAUGACUUGUUUUUUCCAACCUUGACGGUCAAAGAGCACCUGCGAUUCCAAGCAGCGCUGAAAAUUGGUAACCUGCUGAGUAAAGAGGAACGAGAAACAAGAAUUACUGAACUGCUCGACUUGAUGGGUUUGCGAAAGUGUCAGAAUACUCGAAUCGGCCUGCCAGGAGUGGAAAAAAGCAUUUCCGGCGGGGAAAGUAAACGUCUGGCCUUCGCCACAGAGCUAAUCGUUAAUCCAGCAAUUCUUUUCUGUGAUGAACCAACCACCGGGCUUGAUUCCUUCAUGGCCGAGCAGGUUGUGAACGUUUUAAAACAACUGGCCCAACAAGGAAAGACCAUUAUUUGCGUAAUUCAUCAGCCAUCUUCCGUGGUCUUUAGCAUGUUUACAAAACUAUUGCUAAUGGCCGAAGGCCGAGUCGCAUACCAAGGGUCACUUACCGGCGCUAUCCAGUAUUUCUCCGCUCUGGGUUAUGCGUGCCCCGAAUCGUACAAUCCCGCAGAAUAUUACAUAAAAACCUUGGCAAUUUCCGCUGGCGAUGUUUCCCGGUGCCGCGAGCAAAUACGAGCCAUUUGCGAUGCGUACGACCAGUCGGCAGAGGCCGCCGAAGUUCGCCAAGAACUAGAUGCUGUGGCCGGGAAAGAGGCCGAAAUGCGCGCAGUCUUUGCAUUUGACGAAACAUCUAAUUAUCGAGUGUCAAUGUGGAUGCAAUUAAGCUGGUUAUUGUGGCGAGGUAUGCUGGACAAUUUACGGAAUCCCGACAUGUUUAGAGUGCGAACAAUUCAAAAAAUAAUUAUUGCCUUUAUAUACGGAAUGAUUUACUAUCAUGGGGCCAAAUUUACGCAAGAGGGAAUUCAGAACAUCAAUGGAGCGUUAUUCUUGUACAUGACUGAGAAUUCCUUUGCGGUUAUGCUGGAUCUUGUAACGGUAUUCCAACGAGCAAUGCCGUUGUUUAGAAGAGAAUAUUCUGCAUAUAUGUACAGAUUGCCCGUGUACUAUAUGGCUCAAGUUUUGGGAUGGCUACCAUCCUUUGCCAUUGACGCGUCCGUAUUCUGCGUUAUAACCUACCUGAUGGUGGGAUUAGCCCGGAACUGGUACAAGUUCCUCAUCACGUUCUUAAUGUGUAUUGUCACAGCAAACGUCGCAGCCGCUUCCGGUAGUCUUGUGUCCACCAUGUCUCCGUCCGUAGACGUUGGUCUGGUGGUCGCUCCAACAAUAACGGUCGUAGUAAUGCUGUUCGGCGGUGGAGUUUAUUUAAAGCUGAGAACUCUUCCGAAAUUUUUAGCGUGGCUGCAGUGGUUCAGUUGGUUUCGAUAUGGAAACGAAAUUCUGGGCAUUGUCCACUGGCAGGACGUUCAUAAUAUCACUUGCAAUGGGAAGCCCGGGACAUCGUGUAUAAAGACAGGAGCGGAGGUCAUGCAUGACUUUGAGUAUGACCCGGACAAAUUGGAGCUGGAUUUGAGCAUGGUAUGCGUUUUAUUUGCCGGAUUUCAUAUACUAGCGUGCUUGUUUCUAUUUUUGCGAAAUCGUCGGUAAAGGCUGUUCUUACUACCUGUUUCUCACGUGUCUGUACUAUCAUUAGAACGCUGCCCUUUUAAAAGCAAAACAAUUAUCUGAAAAUUUAUUAAUUAUUACGAUACGAUAAAUGGAAUACCAUAGAGAUAUAAUGUCACGAUAAAUGGAAUAUCAUAGAUAUAUAGUGUCGAAUUCUGGCUUUUCUGAUUGAUUUUAGUUUCAGUUAAUCACUUUGUGUGAGUUUUACAAGGCAUCCAUCGCAUGUAUGUUUGUGUCAACUUUGUUCUUAUCAGACAGUUGCCAAUGCAUAUUCGGUUGCCAAUAAAAACAGCG